AGUGUAUGAUACACUGGAUACUUUCAAAUUAUUUCUGUGAGCUCAAGCAUAUUACACAUGGAAGAUCCACUUGUUUUUGAAGCUAUUGCCCUGGCAGUGGCAGUAAAUCUUCAGAUUAGGGCAGAACGGCGACGAAAACGAAAAGCCAGGCGUUGUUGGGUUCGACCCUGGCUGAAAAGAAGGGACGAAGGCAGGGGAAUAUAUUCACUUUUAAUGAAAGAACUGAGGCCCGAAGAUCCGCAAGAAUUUCGGAACUUCGUUAGGAUGGACAUGGCCUGUUUUGAGAAGCUGCUGUCUAUGAUAGAAGAUAGAAUCAAAAAGUGUGACACAGUCAUGAGGGAGGCUAUCUCACCUUCUCGAAGGCUGGCUGUAACAAUGCGGUUCCUGGCGACUGGGGAAUCUUUUAAGAGUCUGGCUUUCAGCCACAGAAUUGCACAGCCUACCAUUUCAAAAGUUGUUGUGGAUGUAUGCACUGCAAUUUGCGAAAUUUUAAAGGACCAAUACUUAAAGGCACCAUCAACAGAAGAAGAGUGGAAUAAAAUUGCCAAAGAAUUUGAUGAACUGUGGCAGUUCCCAAACUGCAUUGGCGCAAUGGAUGGGAAACACAUAGCAUUUGCCCCACCACGAACUGCUGGCUCAACAUACUUCAAUUAUAAAAAAAAAAUUCCACAGUGUUGUUUUACUAGCUUUUGUGGACGCUAGGUACCGAUUCUCUUUGAUUGACAUUG